AUGAAGUUCGAUUAUGAUCUUUUCAUGGAAAUUCUAAGCUUUUUGCCCGUUCAGACUCUCCUACGGUUCAGAUGUUUGUCAAAAGCAUGUUGUUCAUGUAUUGACAACCCAGAAUUCAUCAAUCUCCAUCUAAAGCACACUAUCAAAACCGACCUCAAUCGUAGCCUUGUUAUUCAUGGACUUGAGUCAAAGGGUUCCUUCUACGCUAUCGACUUAGACUCAUCAAGACAUAUACCUUUGAAGCUUUAUAUCAGUGAAUCUAACCAACGGCAUAGAAGUGAUCUCCAGUUUCACGGAAACGUUUUUGGUUCUUGCAAUGGGUUGCUUGCUAUGUAUAAUGGUGAGAGCAUACUCUUGUGGAAUCCAGCAACAAGGAAGCACAAAACUUUACCUAAAUUUUGGGGUCACUGCUAUGGUGAUUAUGAAAUGCUGCAUGGAUUUGGCUACGAUGCUCUUAACGAUGAUUACAAGUUGAUCGUUAUGAUUGAACACUACAUGGAAAACAAUGUGCGAGUUAUGGUUUACAGUUUGAAAGGUAAGUUAUUGACGAGUGUCAAAGAUCUCCUUGGUUAUACUAUUUUUGGCUCAUACCAUGAUACUGAACCCCUUGGUGUUUUUGUUGGUGGAUCACUGCAUUGGGUGGUUCAGCGCAAAGGAAAUAUUAGAGAUGGAGUGAUUCUUGCAUUUGAUCUUGGGGAUGAGAAGUUCUUUGAGCUGCCAAGACCAGCUUGUAUGGAAGAUGAAUAUUUUUUCUUUCAUGUGCAGGAAAUUGGAGGAAGCCUCGCCUUAUAUAAAUCGUGGGCAGUCUGGGUGGAUGAGGUAUGGAUUAUGAAAGAAUAUGGAGUAAUGGAGUCUUGGAGUUUUAUCAAAAAGUUUGAGUAUUUGGCUAGUAAAUAUCAUUGGUUCGAAUAUUCAGAAUAUCAUCGUCCUACUCCACAUGAUGUUAGAGCUUUAUGUUGUUUAAGAAAAAACACUGGAGAUGAAGUCUUAUUAUUGCUUAAUCGGACUGGUAAAUAUAUUUGCUUUUAUGAUUUCGAGAGGGGAGCUAUUCGCAAAGUCGUAAUUUUUGGAUCUUCACAUGGUUAUUAUUGUACAAUCUCAGCAAAUAUCUGCGUGAGAAGCCUUGUUCCAGUAGAAUUUAUUUCUGGGAUUGCAUAG